AUGGGUGAAGAUCAACAAAACAAUCAAAACAUUCAUGUCCAAAGAAUUAUGAAUGAAUCAGAAGAAAGAGAAAUUUGUUACUUAAAAUGCGUUAUAAAGUCAGGACGUCUCGAAUUUGAAUGGUCCAUUAUUACGCCAUCAACAUGGGACUGGAUCGGACUGUAUGAGAAUAAUAGUAAAGAAAAUACGAAUUGGCUCAAUGGACAUUGGUUUUAUAUUGCCAACCAUAGCCGUCGUGAAACUUUAACCGAUGGUCGAUAUUCUUUUACUGGUUCUCAUUGGAUUGGAACCGUAUCUGGUCAAAAUCAAAUCAAGUUAAACACAUACGAAUCUCGUAACGUGUAUAGAACUUAUGCACACGCGAAUGUACUCAACCCAGAUUUUGCACAUUUUGACAAGUCUCGUAUACAUUAUGUCGAAAAAGGGUUGCAACUCUUAUUUAAUCGUCACAAAACCGACUGGGGAUUCGAUCAAGAUGACAACUGGAAUAAUCAAAAUCGUGCGUACCUUGUAGUUGAUCACACAACGCACCAAUGUCUUAUAAUUUAUCGUGGAGGGGAGAAAGAUUAUUUUUUAUGGUCCGGAUGGGUACUCGACGAUGAUCAAUACAAAUAUGUUACCACCCCACCAUACAGAUUAAAGGCGACUAUACUUUUAAUGUACGAAGACAUACUCGAACAAAUUGCCAAUUCUGAAGGUGUACGUGAAGAUUUACUUCAAGAAUACUUUAAAAUCCAUCGUAAGGAUAGAAAUACCUAUGGCGAAAAAAUAUAUUUUAAAAUUGCAGAAUUUUUCGGUCUUGCCGAAAGUUAUAUUCCAUUCUCCUUCGAAGGAAGGGAUGAAAUUACUCCUGAAGACGAUUACGAACUCGAUUUCGAAAAAGUUAGAGAAAAGGCGAGAACAAUCAUAGGAGAAUUGGAAAAGAUCACGUUUUAA